CACAAAGAGCAGCAGACUCCUGAUGAAAGCAGGCUCAGUGGCUCUAAGCUUUUUCAUGUGGCUGUUUCUACUUCCCACUGAGAAGUGACAAAAGCAGCAAUCCCCCCCCUACUCUCUACAAAAACUCUCUACUGUUGCCUCCAAGAAGAUUGCUGUGGAGGCAUUCCAUCAUCAUUUCAAGGUACUGUGAGGUUUACCAUUUCCAGAACUGACAGUCAGACUUGCAUGUCACUCAAAUGUUCCUCAUACCCCAGAAGUAGUUCUGUGACAAUUGGUUAGGGCUGUGAGUACAUGUGAGGGGCUUUCUCAAGUAGUCUUUCUAGGUUGUCCUCUUUGUCUGGCCCCACACUGAGAUGAACAAGGUUGUUCAUUUUUUGGUUUAUUUGUCAGGGACCAUGUAUGUGCAAAAACCCAACUAAGGAGAGACAGAGAGAUAAAGGUGUGCAAUGGUUUGGAGAGCAGAUUAAAUCAAUGUUUUCACAAAGUUUUUAAUGACACUGUAGUAAACUAUCAGUGCAGUCUUUACUUCCAUUUUCCAAGUCUGUGUACAUGUGAGCGUGCGUGCGUGCAUGUAUGAAAGUUUAAAUGAGUUUAUCUCUAAUAUGAGCUCAUUAUUAUCUACUUGUCCUGCCACAGCAUCAGUUACCUGGCUAAGUUUUCUUUUGAGAGAGGAGUAGAUGGAGAGCGUGAGUGAGAGGUGGUGUGAGCUUGUCACAGACCCACCCAGUGUGUGUGGGUGGAAGCUGUGGGUUCCAGUCACCCGCGUUUUUAUAAGACUGAGAUGCUCAGAUAGAAGCACACAUCUCCUGCACACAGAGGCGACACACACACUCACGCUCCUCUCUCACACUUUGCACCAUGAGUGGUACACAGGGCUAUCCUUACCCCCAGGUGUUUCUAGUGGACAGUGGUAGAGGUCCACAGCCGUCGGUCGAACCUCCAGGCAUGCUGCCCUGCUGGCCCUUCCCUCCUGCCCAAGAGAGAGUGAUGGAGCGGGGCAGGGGCAGAGGCUGCAGGGGGGUUGGCUCCUGGAGCCUGACUAUGGCUCUGCUGUUUCUGCUGCUGCUGGUGUUUGGGGCAUUUGGACUGGGUACCUACCAAAUAAUCAAACUACAGACUCAACUCGACGGGAUACAACAGGAAAUUAACAUUGAGAUUGAUGGUCGUGGGCCUGAGAAGCUAGUGGGUGACCUUCCAGAGACUGAUCCAAACAGAGGGAAGACAGCCGGCAGACCUGCAGCACAUGUUAUAGGCCGGAUUGAGAAGCAUGUUUCACAGAAUACCUUGCGUUGGGAGCCAAAGGCGGGGCGGGCCUUCACAGAGGGGGGCGUGGUCUAUCGGGAUGGCGGUCUGCAAGUCAACGAGACUGGGCUCUACCACAUCUACUCCCGGGUGCAGUUUGAAGCCAAUCACUGCACCCCUACAGAUGCCUUGGUUCACUCUGUGUUUGUAAGAAGGCCAGGGAAUCGCAAGUCUCUCACCCUAAUGGAGGGGCACAGGGAGGGCUACUGCAACCUGGGCUCUCAUGGGCAUGUCUGGACCUCGGGGAGUUACCUGGGAUCCACACUGAAGCUUGAAAAGCAGGACUGGCUGUAUGUGAAUGUCUCCCAUCCAGCCAUGCUCAGCCACGCUCAUCAUGCCAACUUCUUUGGACUCCACAAGAUCUAGAGAACAAGAGGAUAUCUGUUUCAUGUCUAUUUUCUGGUCAACGACCAUUAUAUUUUGCCAGAACAGUAAUGGCAGUGCAAUGAGCAUUCAUUUAUUUAUUUGUGAUGUUAGAAGUGCAGUGGGUUUCAACUGAUAUUUCAAUCCUAGAACACUAAUAUGCUUGUGACGAAAGUGGUAUUUAGUAUUUAUUCUGAUAAAAAAAUCUGACACUGAUGAUCCCAGCAGCAGGUCUGAAUGUAUGUUCAUUAGAACGCAGAGAAAUAAUAUGCAUGUUUGGGAUUUAAUAUAAUGUCAACGGGUAUACAACGUUCUAUUGUAAUAAAUAAGUAUUUUAAAGA